CCCAGAGAUGCGUCGCCAGGUGCUGAGAGGCCUCGUGGUGCUCAGCCAGGAUGCUGUGAUGGCCAAAAGAAUGCGCAGCCUGACCCAAAGCCUGGUUCAGCUCCUGUGGGACGCAGAUGUAGAGCUGGUCAGGAUGACCGUCGCUCUACUCGGCUUUCUGCUCUCGGACAAAGACAUCCGACUCUCCAGCCCCACCGCCCUGCAGCUGGCUGAGGCGCUCCAGCCGCUCUUCGACAACGCUGACAGCAGUGUGCAGCUGUCCUCCAUCCUCCUCUUCCGUGGGGUGAUGCUGAUGGUAGAGAAAGAGGGAAAAAAGCCCCUGAAGCCACACGUCCGCCAGAGCCUGCUUCCACUCUUCUUCCACUGCCAUGAUGAGAACCAGAGAGUGGCAGAGGCCUCUGGGGAAGCGCUGCUUUGUGUGGCCGGCUUAGUGAAGAGGAGGGAUCUCGAGAAGAUCGUGAAGAAGAAGGAGCUGUGGAGGUUCAGCGAGUGCCUGCUGGAAAAGGAGCGGAGCCGAGUGGCCGAGUACCUGCGCCAGGCCCUUCCAUACCUGGAGAGCCCACAGGAGCCCCUGCGCGAGGCGGCCGUCAGGUUCACAGGGAUGGCCGGGAGGUAUAUGCAGGGACAGCCUGAAGAGCUGCAGGACAUCAUGGACAGUGAGUGAGGGCAGCGCGGUCUCAGUGAGGGCUGGUGGAGGAGCACAGAGCCUGGGCAGGGAGCUGCAAUCCUGUCCUGGCUGCGGAGGGCUCUGCUCCCUGCACGCAUGAGGAACGGCUUGGGCAGAGCAGGGAGAGAUUUCAGGGGCGCGGAGGGGAUUGGUGGCCAGCGCCUACCGGCUGUUUCUGUUGGGCCCCGCUCCCUUUUGGCCAUGGCAAGAACUGGGUGAGAUGGCCCUGGCUGGA